ACUUAGCACACUCAAUUGCAAGAAGAACUUCCGGAGGUCAUAGGUAAACGGCUGUUUCAAAACAUGGAUGCUAAAAAAGUGGAUGAAGAUGCGAUGGCGGAUGUAGAAGACAUUGGAUCUGUCAUGGGAUUCUCUGGAUUUGGGAAAAAAGCACGCACGUUUGACUUAGAUGCCAUUUUUGAGCAGACCCGGCGCACAGCGAUUGAGAGAAGCCAGCGUGUUUUGGAGGAGCGACAGAAGGAUACUCAGAUGGAGGAGGACAGCGAGAGCUCCUCGUCAGUCAAGCCAUCAGGUCACAAACAAAAAAAGAAAGCAGCAGCUUCCUCUAGCAAAGAGAAAAAUGAGAGCAGCAGUGAUCAUAGCGACUCUGACUCAGAGCUCAUCAGACCACCCAAGGAGGAGGAGGAGGAUGAUGCUGUGGGACCUCCCCUUCCUCCAGGUUACAGGGGCAGCACAGCAGAGAGUGAAGAUGAGGAUGAUGAAGAUGAAGAGGAGACACAGGAUGAUGAUGAUAAUCCAGUGAAAAAGAUCCCAGCCACUCAUGAGAUUACUCUGGAGCACGGCACCAAAACAGUAUCGGCUCUGGCUCUGGACCCUUCUGGAGCCCGUCUGGUGACGGGUGGAUAUGAUUAUGAUGUCCGUUUCUGGGACUUUGCUGGAAUGGAUCAGUCUCUGCAGGCCUUCAGAACCCUGCAGCCGUGUGAGUGCCAUCAGAUCAAGUCCCUAAAGUAUAGCAUCACUGGUGAUGUCAUCCUGGUGGUUUCUGGGAACGCUCAGGCCAAAGUGUUGGACCGAGAUGGCUUCAACAUCAUGGAGUGUAUAAAAGGAGACCAGUACAUUGUAGAUAUGGCAAACACCAAGGGACACACGGCUAUGCUGAACUGUGGCUGCUGGCAUCCCAAGAUUAAAGAGGAGUUCAUGACCUGUUCCAAUGAUGGCACUGUGCGCACAUGGGACGUGCACACAGAAAAGAAGCACAAGUCUGUGUUCAAACCUCGCUCCAAUAAAGGGAAGAAGGUCAUCCCCACGUGUUGCACCUACAGCCGAGAUGGGAAGCUCAUCGCAGCAGGAUGCCAAGAUGGCACCAUUCAGAUCUGGGACAGAAACCUGAGCGUACACACAAAGUUCCACUGUCAGCAAGCCCAUGCUCCUGGAUCAGACACCUCCUGCCUCUGUUUUUCUUACGACGGCGUGACUCUAGCUUCCCGCGGAGGUGACGACACUCUGAAAAUUUGGGACAUACGUAACUUUAGGAAGCCCGUGAACGAGGCUAAAGGACUAACCAACUACUUCUCCAUGACGGACUGCUGUUUCAGUCCAGAUGACAAGCUUGUCGUGACAGGGACGUCAGUGAAGAAGGAUGAGGGGAAUGGCAAGCUGGUUUUCUUUGACCGACUUUCAUUUCAGAAGGUUUAUGAGAUCGAAGUCACCAAUGCUAGUGUUGUGCGCUGCCUGUGGCACCCAAAGCUUAACCAGAUAAUGACCGGAACUGGGAAUGGACUGGCCAGGAUUUACUAUGAUCCAGUUAAAAGUCACAGGGGGGCUAAGCUGUGCGUGGUGAAGAGCAAGCGGAAAGAAAAACACGCAGAGGCGCUAACGCAGGAUUACGUUAUCACACCUCAUGCCCUGCCCAUGUUCAGAGAGGCCCGGCAGAGAAGCACACGGAAACAGCUGGAGAAAGACAGACUCGACCCAAAGAAAUCCCACAAACCCGAACCGCCCGUGUCUGGACCAGGCCGAGGAGGAAGGGUAGCAGCUCAUGGCGGUACUUUGUCUUCGUUCAUCGUGAAGAACAUUGCUUUAGAUAAAACGGAUGACAGCAACCCACGAGAGGCAAUCCUGCGGCAUGCCAGGGAAGCAUCAGAGAACCCCUACUGGAUUGCCCCGGCAUAUACACAGACCCAGCCGGAGCCCGUGUUUGCGGAGGAAUCGGACGAGGACGAGGAAGCUGACAAAGAGCCAGAAUGGAAGAAACGCAAAAUCUAAGACUUCCACGGAGUUUGUUUUUGUUUCAAGCAGUUUGAUACAAGUCAGCAUUCUACUUCAAAGCACAUAGAUAGGGUCGGCCCAACACGAUCAGUUAAAUAGCUGAAAUGUCUCCCCUCUCAAAUUUCAGUUAGCUUAUGAAGCCAAGACUCUUAAUUUUUAUUGCUGUUUGCAGAGGAAGCACAUAAAUUACAGUUUUAUGUUCCUCGCACUGCAACACAUGAACCACUUCACUUUUUACGUCUGCUUGGAUUGCAUUGACUGUAUUUUUAUAAUUUCCAUUGUCCCAUCACCCCUCAUCUCCAAUGUUUAAUGCCUCAUAAAUCAGAUCCACGUUCUGUGGUCUGGUGCCGUUCAUCACCAUGAAGAAUCGCUCGCAAAAACAGCAACCAUCUUGUGAAAAUUCUGCCAGUUUUAUGUGAGAAUAUUUCUAACUUGACUUUUUUUAUUAUUAUAAUUUUCAAGUCUACAUCAUGUUUACUGCUCAAAACUUAAAUAAAGGAAUUGGUCUCCUCUUGUCAAA